AUGGUCGUCCGGUUCUAUAGCCGGUCCGGUUCUGAUAACAUUGAUAAUAGUAAAGAACUUUACAUGAAGGAAUUUGAAUGUUCUUGUAAAGGAACAAAGGAUGAGAAACAUAGUGCUAAAAAUAAACAACCGAUAUACUUAAAGAUUGAAACAAGAUUUGGUUGUACAACAAGACUAAGGAUUGGAAGAAAAAAAAAUGAAGAAUGGAGAGUGACUAUUUUUGAUAUUCAGCAUAAUCAUGACAUGGUCUCACCCGACCAAAGUUAUAUGUUGAGAUCGGCUCGUAGUAUUUCAUAUGCUAAAGGAAAUACACUCAAAACAUUGGUUGAUGCUGGAUUUUCGAUAUCCAAUGCAUAUUCUUACUUGCAACAAGAAUCACAUGGGAGAGAAAAUGUCGGUUUUCUUAAAAAAGAUGCAUACGAUUACAUUAAUCGUAUCGCAAAAGAUCACAGACAAGUUGAAGAUGGUGAUGCUGCUGAGUUGAUUCGGCAUUUUAAAAAUAAAUCGAACAAAGAUAUAUUGUUCUACUGGGAUUUUCAAGUUGACGAAAACAACAGGAUGUGCAAUUUCUUUUUCAGAGAUGGUCGGAGUCGGGUCGAUUAUGAGGAUUUUGGUGAUUUUGUUUCAUUUGAUACCACGUAUAAAACAAAUAAAUAUAAUCUGAUUUGUGCACCUUUCACGGGCAUUAACCAUCAUAAGAACAAUGUGAUGUUCGGAUUAGCUUUUAUGUCUCAUGAAACAGAGUCAUCUUUUCAGUGGUUAUUCAACACAUUUCUCGAGUCUAUGGGUGGAAAGCAGCCAGAAACUAUUUUCACAAACCAAUGUCAAGCAAUGAUAAAUGCUAUUGAAGUUGUAUUUCCGAAUUCGCACACCGAUUGUGUGAAUGGCAUAUCUAUCAGAAUGCUCCUUCUCACUUUGUGUAUGGAAUUUUGUGAAUCUGAAGAAGAGUUUGAGAAUAUUUGGAGUAAAAUGAUUGCUGAUAAUAAUCUUUAUGACCAUUCUUGGUUAAACAAUAUGUACAAGUUGAGAAAUAAAUGGUCUACUGCUUUCAGUAAACAUAGAUUCAGUGGAGGUCUUAAAGCUACAUCAAGAAGCGAGUCCACAAACUCUAGUUUGAAAUUCGAUGGUAAGAGGACCGAUACUUUGUUCGACUGUGUUCUGAGGUUUGAAAAGAUUCAAAAUGAAUGGCGCCAAGAUGAAAAGGAAAAUGAUUUUAAAUGUCGUCAUGGGAUGCCUACGCUUGCUGUAAAAACUAAUUGUUUGUUGAGAGAUGCUUCUUCGAUUUAUACUCACACGGUGCAUUAUAUGUUCCAAUCAUAA